AUGAAGUUUGGCUGCAUCGGCGAUUCCAUGAACCUCACAAGCCGGCUGCAGGGGCUCUGCCGAAUCUACGAUCGCGAGGUCAUGUGCUCUGAUGCCACCCACCAACAGUUGCGGGGCAUGGUCUGUCGGAAGAUCGGAGACCUCCAGGUCAAAGGCCGCCAAGAGCCGACGGUUGUCUACGAAGUCAUGGGUUGCGACGGCAGCAUGCCAGCGCAGGCCAAUGCUCUGAGCUUCCAGGCACCCAUCAACAUCGAGUAUAGCUUGGACUGGCACAUGGACAUCACGACGUACAUGGAGGGUCGCAGUGCCGACGACUAUGUCGUCUACGACCGAUACGAUCGGCUCGUCUAUGUGAACCCGACUCUUGCUCCUCAUCCGGACUGCUUCCCCCUGAGGGUCCAGUUGAAGGAGAACAGCGCCCACGGAUCCUCUGCCAGGGGUGGCAACUCAGUCCGAUGGCAUUGGACAUCUGACUCCAGCAUGAGUGCAGGACCGCCUGAGGAGAUACCCAGCAGGACGGAACCCAAGGUACAAAAGAACGGUGGCCUCGUGCUCCCUCUUUUCCGGCCCCCGAACGCACGUUCGAGCCGCGAAGAGCACUCGGCGAGAUUCAGCCCUCCCUGCCUCCUCACAUCUCGGCGGAGCCCGAGGCCUGAUGGCUACGAGGGCCGACACGCCUCCUGCAGCCCACCGCCCCAGGUCAUCGGCCACUCGCCCCACUACCCUCCCACCACUCCAGGAGACCGCACCACUCCGGGUGACCGCACCACAGUGGGGGACCGCACCACACGGACGAUGGGAGGUGGGGCGACCAGCACAGCUGCCUCAGCAUCUCAUUACAUGUCGAUCCCGUCACCAUCGCCGGGGUCGAGAUCCGGAG